AUUGUCAUUAUUCGAAGUGCUACUAAGUGACGAGAAAAUUAACGAAAGGAAAUUCUAUUUGAAAAUCGAAAGGGUUUCUUCUCUAAAAAACAAUUCAUAAACAAUGGCCAAAAAAACCUAUGAUCUGCUGUUCAAAUUGCUGUUGAUUGGCGACUCUGGUGUGGGCAAAACGUGCAUAUUAUUUCGCUUUUCCGAUGAUGCAUUCACAUCGACAUUUAUAUCAACGAUAGGAAUCGAUUUCAAAAUCAAAACAGUCGAACUGCGAGGAAAAAAGAUCAAAUUGCAAAUAUGGGAUACAGCGGGUCAAGAACGAUUCCACACAAUCACAACGUCAUAUUACCGUGGAUCAAUGGGGAUUAUGCUAGUAUAUGACAUCACAAAUGAAAAAAGUUUCGAAAAUAUAGUGAAAUGGUUAAGGAAUAUUGAUGAGCAUGCAAAUGAAGAUGUGGAGAAAAUGAUUUUGGGUAACAAAUGUGACAUGCCAGAUAAACGAGUCGUCAGCCAAGACAGAGGAGAAGCGAUUGCACGCGAACAUGGCAUUCGAUUUAUGGAGACAUCAGCUAAAGCCAAUGUGAAUAUCGAACGAGCAUUUUGUGAACUAGCCGAAGCGAUUCUGGACAAAACAUCCGGUCAAAAUACAACGGAAAAUGCCGAAAGAGUGAUUGUCGAUCAUCGUGGCCAAGACAAACAACCCUCCUAUAAAGGUUGUUGUGCGCAAUAGAUUAGGCUGUAGAAAAAAAAAGAAAACAACAGAUUGUGAGAAAGAGAGAGAGAGGGAAAGAAAGAGAGAGAGAGAAGCGUAUCGGAUUGCUCGUUUCAUAAUUAAAUUUAUCGAAAAGGAAGAAAUUACAAAAACGAAAUGGAGUCACAGAAACGUCAAAAAAAUUUAACUGACUUGAUGAAUGGGAAAGCAAUAUGAGAAAGGAAUUUUUUAAUUUUUGGACAUUUUCGGGCUUUUUUGUUAAUUUAAUUAGAAUUCAAACCUAAGACAGUAAAUUUUUUAGUCGUCUUAGUCGUAAGAUGAUGCUAAAAACGCUACAUUUUUGACUGAUAAAGUUUUUGAACUUUUGUAUCAAGAAUUUCAAAGCUUUUUUUUAAACAAAACAAAACAAUUUGAUUAACGAUUUUUACCUAAGACGGCCAUCUUUUGAUAAUAAUAUUAUACAUAACCAAAUAAGCAUUCAAAACAUCUAAAAGAAUUAAAUAAUAAAAACUGAUGGAACAAUUUAUAAGAAAACAAAUAAAACUUACAAAAUGAACAGCACACCGAAAUCUAAUUUAUACUUUCAAAAACCAAAAACCAAAAUUCUUUCAAUGUGUAAAUGUCGUAAAUUUUCCUCAAGCUUUUUUCUAACUCAUUAGCAAGCAACAACAAAAUCAAACAACAACAAUCAAGCAUUCAGAGUAUCCUUCCCACAUAUGAAAAACCCACUCUGCGGAUAUUGUUACUUCCGUCAUGAAUGAGAUUAAAUGCGCGAUUUAGUAAAAGAAUAAAAAAAAAAAAA